AUGACAUACAUCAAUCACAGCUGCGUACUAUUAGGCCAAAUUAAACCCGCACAAUAAACUCCUAGAAUGUAAAAGAUGGUUUACGUUCAACUUGAAGUCAAAUACUUUUAUUAGUUUAUGCAGGUUAAAGUACGGAGAGUCUGGGCUGACCACCAGAGAGAGCAGGAGUGAGUCAGCAGGGAGAAGUUUCCUUCACUCCUCAGAGCAACAUCUCAUCUCAUCUCAUCUCGUGCGGCGCGAGAAGUGGCGCAGCCUCUCGAGCAGACCGGACAAACUUUUUUUUUAGCUCACUCUCACACUCUUUCAUGUGCUCAGACUUGUAAAAUAACUUUUGAGCGUCUCAGGAAAGUUGUCCUGUGCAAAACGAUGUGCGCUGCCUGCCCGACUCCCUGCGCGUAAAAGGACCCAACCUAACAACUUUUCCACCGGGAUGGAGUCGGAGCAGACGGGUCGUGUUGGAGGUGAAGGUGUUUGUCAGAGGGGAUGCGGGCUCAUGCUGCUGUCCGCCGACAAAAAAGUAGACCACUGCUGCGUGGACGCGCUCCGCACCGUCACCGACGCGCUGGAGGCAAAGAGCGCCACUUUGGAGCACCAAACCCGGAUGGCGAGGCUCAGGUGGAACCGGAGAGAGCAGUCUCUGCUGGCCCAGGUGACCACGCUGCAGAACGAGGCCCAGCUGGCGGCUCUCAAGUACCAGAGAAGACUGCACCAGCACAUGCUGCACAUCAGCAGCAUCGCAGAGCAGGUCACCGGCUACUACAAGAGAGACGUGAGAGAGACAACUGACAUGCAGAGCCAGAUAUCUGAUAAAGCAACAUGUGCAGAGGGAGAGCAGCUCAAAGCACCUGAGGUCAAUGGGAAGGAGUUGUCCAAGUCCAGCCAUGAGGAGACUGUGGAGGCCUUUCGCGCUGCCAAGGACCCCGUCGUGGUGCAGGUCAUCAGGCGGACCCCCAGCGGCCGCCCCCAUGGCCCCCCUCAGGAAAUCCAUGUGGUGGAUGUGUGCACUCAGACCGACAUCACCUUUGAACACAUCAUGGCGCUGGCAAAGCUCCGGCCUUCGACCCCUCCUGUGCCUGACGUCUGUCCCUUCCUUCUCUCUGACAGCUGUCAUUCUCUUCAUACAAUGGACCAGGAUUACUAUGAAGGGACAGACUACCUCUCCCCCGUUCCAGCCGAUGGAGAGAGGACAGAGGAGUUUGAGUAUGAGGAAGUGGAAUUGUGUCGACUCAACAGCCAAGAGAAGUUGGGGCUGACUCUGUGCUACAGAACAGAUGAAGAGGAGGAUGUGGCCAUCUAUGUCAGUGAGAUCAGUCCUAACAGCAUCGCUGCCAGAGAUGGACGCAUCCGAGAGGGAGAUCGCAUUUUACAGAUUAAUGGCCAAGAUAUACAAGACAGAGAGGAAGCGAUGGCUGCACUCUCCAACGACGAGAGUAGGAACAUCGUACUGCUGGUUGCCAGACCUGAGAUGCAGCUGGAGGAGGCCUGGCUGGAUGAUGAGCACAGUGAGUUCCUGGAGCAGCUGAAGAUGGAAAUGUUGGAGGAGCAGCAGAGAGAGGAGAUGGAAUUGGCUGCCUUACAGGAGGAGCAGGAGAAUGAGCAGAGAGCAGAAGAUGACAAGCCCACCUGCUCCACACUCCGCCAUCAAAAGGAUGGCGUAUUGAGUAUAAAAGACAGAAUGGAGAGCUCAGAGCAUAAUGUCCUGGCACAUAUCCAGAGACGUUUGUCCCAGUGCCUGAGAGACAAUCGGGACACACACCGUACCACCGGCUCCACGCGGCUGGAGGACAAAGAGGAUGAAGACGACGAUGAGACGGACGGUGAUCGUUUCCAGCAGCUCUUGGAGCUGAAGUGUCAGAUACGUAACAGCGGUGAGUACGACCUGUUCUACAGCCGCCGCAGCACCAUUGAGUGCAGCAUCGGGGAGCAGGGCGGCGUGCAGCAUGAACUUCGUAUGCUCAACGAGGAACUGCGCAGCAUCGAACUAGAAUGUCAGAACAUCAUGCAGGCCCAUAACCUUCGUAAGGGGCAGCAGUCUCCCAACACGGGCAACUCUGCACCCUCAACCAAAAACCAAAGCCUCCAUCGAAGUGACCCCACAAGGGGUAAGCUGGUUGACAUUAAUGAGAGGCUGGAGAAAUCGGACAAGGACAGCUCCAGUGCCUAUAACACGGCGGAGAGUUCACGAAGUACCCCUCUGGCAAUGGACCGCUCCCCGGAGCACUCGCUCCAGAGAAUGGUUAGCCUCACCAACCAGAGGAAUCUCUGCAGCGGCCUCGCCGGUGGUCCUUCCCUUAGCCCAAGCCCCAUCCCAGCAUGCCGUGCUCCAGUCGCAGGGAGAAGAAGCAGCCCUGACCACAGCAAUCCCUCCGAGUCGAACCAGACAACUCAGGCUGAGGAGGAGAGCAAGGGGGAAUUACAGCCACUUGCUUCCCAGAUACCUUACUUCUCUCCAUCCCACAGUUCCCAGCAGAGGCAGGUCAACAUCCCAGCACAUGCCCGCCAUUACCAGAGCUACAUGCAGCUGAUCCAGCAGCGCUCGGCUGUGGAGUAUGCUCAGAGCCAGCUCAGCCUGCUCAGUGUCUGCAAAGAGCCUCAGGGGCCCAUUAAUGAGCCCAAGAUGGAGUGGAAGGUCAAGAUCCGCAGCGAUGGCACACGCUACAUCACCAAGAGGCCUGUGAGAGACAAGAUCCUGAGGGAGCGAGCCCUCAAGAUUAAAGAAGAGCGCAGUGGGGGAAUGACCACUGAUGACGAUGCAAUGAGUGAAAUGAAGAUGGGGAGGUACUGGAGUAAAGAGGAACGAAAGCAGCACCUGGUCAGAGCAAAAGAACAGAGAAAGAGACGAGAGUUCAUGCAGCGUAGUCGGCUGGAAAGCUUGAAGGAGAACCCUCAGAGCAGCAGCGAGGGUCGCAAGGAAGUCAGCAUUAUCGAACUCAGCCAGAAGAAGAUGAUGAAGAAACGUAACAAGAAGAUCCUGGACAACUGGAUGACCAUCCAGGAGCUGAUGACUCAUGGUACUAAGGCCCCUGAGGGAGCCAAGGUACACAACGCCUUCCUAUCAGUCACUACUGUAUAAAAAAAACACACACACAUUCUACCCCAUGCGGUAUAAUAUACUUGCCUCGUUCAAUGUGGCGUUUUUAUGAGGACAAUAGGAAUAUUUUUCACACUUUGUAACCCAAAAAGCAUUUUGUAAAGAAUUUAUCAGUGGUAUCAUGGCAUUUUCUUCAUGUUUUUCAGUAUUGUUUUUCACAUCACUCUGCGGAAAAAAACAUUUUUCUAUGAAAUUAUGACUAUAUAAUUAUUUUAUUACUUCGCUCUAAACAUUUUUAUCUUUUCAAUUCUAUUUUCAUAUUUAUGUUGUAACCAUAUACUCAAAAUGGUUGUAUGAGCAUCUUAAGAAAAGUUAAGUAUUUUCUUUUGUGCAUUAUGUACACUUGCCAAUUGCAGCACAAAAUUAAUCAGAGGGUUCUCCUGCCUUUUUCUUACUUUUUUAAUGCUCCUUUCAUUUACAGAUCUACUUUCAAUGUUGUCGACAGGUUGUUGAAAUUGUUUUUCAGACUAUUGGUGCUUAGAUAUGUACUAGAAGUCCAACUAGUCACAAAUCUGACAGUCAACAGUACAGAUAUCAGAAAAUUAGAAGAUGAUAGGUCAAAUAAGGUACUAAUUUCAGUUUUAAAAAGGGACUAAAUAUCUUACAUUCCACUCACUUCUGAUAAAAGAUUGAGCAUACUACGAUAAUAAUAAUGUGUUUAAUCCCUAAAAUGUAAUGAAUUUGAAAUAAAUCCAAUGACCAGAAAGUGAAAAAAAUCCCCUCUGUUUCACCACAAACUGCCAUAUCUCUUUUUGGGGGGG